AUGUCUGACUUUGUCCCAUCGAUCGGAUCAGUGAUAGAGGCCAAUGCGGGUCUCGUUCCUGGCCGCCAAGCCACGACGUCAGCACCAUUAGCAACUACGUUGUCGUUGCCAAUAUUGCAAGAAUUCGUCCCUGUCAUUGAGGAGGAGACCACCCCAACUCGACGUAGGAGCAAACCGCAGAAGAAGGUAGAGCUCGUCGAGAUUAAAAUAGAGGCCGCCCUCUCAUGUCACGAGCUGGAGGUAUCACUCGUCCCAUCCGUGGCCAGCGAUGGCUUGAUUGUUGUGGAGGCAAACGUCGACGAUGUCCCGGCCAUCCGCCUCAAAGGGGGGAGGCGCUCCUAUCGUAGGAAGAAGAGGAAGAAACGACGAGAAGUUAUGGUGAAGCGAUUGGGAUCCCUAACCGAGUCAUUGGAGGCCGAGGAUGAAGAUGAAGUUGUUUUCCUCAAGGACCCUCCCUCUGCUCUACCAUUGCUGCCCGGAGCUCAUGUUCUGCUAGACCGUGCGGCAAGGAAAGAUUACGAGGAGUCGUCAAUGGUUACGACAACUCAAUGUAAGGCCGCCAUCGACGUCGCCACGAUGGAUUCUUCCUCUCCGCAGUUACGUUCGAAUGGUGGGUAUGACACUGAAGCAAGAUCGAGUCUAAGAGGAGUCCCGUAUGGACCGCUGCGACAUGGACUGGUUCCGGGUCCGGGAUGCAUUGGACCAAGAAUGGGUGGGCUAACCGGAGCAUUAUUAUACGGGAUUGGUUCGUUAGGUUCGGAAGUUUGUAUUCAAUCGACGAGAAAAGUGGCUGCUUGCGAUGGUACUAAAGCCAUUUUGCGACAUAAGUAUGGGUCGUCGGACUUCUGGCAAUCUUGUGAAGAAAGGAAUACGAUUGAUGAGCAUAAUGGAACUCUCGGCCUGCGGGGAGUUAGAGGUGAAGACCACGUGGAAGUGCAGGACGUGGAGUGGGGAUUUGGAUUUACAUGUGAUUUACAGGGAUGGCAUGAAAACAACAUUUGCAUGACAAGAGCCUAUUCUUAUGCGCCAGUACGUGGCUUGCAUGGAAAAUGGCCUUUGAAAGAUGAACAUUAUUGGUGGCAAGCCAUUUCGUGCACGAAGAGGAGGAAUUGA